UAAUAACAAUACCGUGAACACAAUAUACAGUAAACAAAUGGCUAAAUAAUAAUAUAAUUAAUUUCUUACAAAAUAUUACAUAAACAAUAAACAAAACGUAGGGUAGCUGCACGACGGGCGAUAAUUAGCGGGGGGUUCAGCAUCAUCUUCCAAAAAAUGUAAAUGUUAGAAUAUACGUACAGAUUUCUGCUCUGUUUUAUUUAUUUUCGUAAUCCAGGCUAAAGACUUCUUGCCAAGACAUGGACGAAGUACAGGGUGGGAGAGACCCCACGAAGAAUUUUCCAUAGAUUUAUUAAUUCUCUUGACAAAGGGCAGUAGACCUUUUGGCCUAGUUUAAAUAAAUACACAAAAAAACCAAAAGCGUAUUUGGUGUUCCCAAUAUUCGGUUAGUCUUCAUCUUCAUCAUUGUUAUGUGACGAAAGUUUCAUUAAAGAACCAUAAAUGGUGUGUGAAUUAUGUUGCUACUUACAGUGUUCAAAGAAUGGUAGAGUGCCGAAUCUACACCAAAUAUAUUAUAUUGUUUUUUGUCUAGGCUAAGCAUAAAAAUUGUUAGAUACAGUAUUAGAAAUUUGUUCACAUAACAACACUGCCAAAGAAAAGUUUGAUUUUGGAUGAAACCGAUGAGGGCGGAAAAUUCACAAGAAUCUGAAGAGCUUCGAGUGGUGGCGCAAUUCCAAUUAACAAUUUCUUCAGCAUGAAUGUCGUAGUGCGCUACUAAGUUUUAGGCCUAGUGAUAUUUUUUUCUAAAUUCACAGUUGUUUUGUAUAUUAUGUGAACAGAAAAAAAACCUUAAAAAAUGAAUGGAAUGACAGAAGAGGAAUAUGAACUUCAAGUGCUUGGAGUUGGUCAGGAUGAUGAUAUUAACAGUGAAGAUGAACAUCAAGAGAUAGAGGAGGCCCUCUAUCAGGCUGUACACUAUUCAGAAUCCAUCGCUGCCAACGACAGCAUCCAUGAAGUAACAGAUAAACAAGAUGAAAAUUCCUGGUCCCAUCACAGUAAACAUGAACUUCCAUCACUAUCAAGUGCUCCCUCGCACACAGCAACACCCCAGAAAUUAGACUCAAAAGAGGAUGUGAUAGCAACUGAUCGAAUUGACCUUCCAUGUCAUCAGGAUUCUCAUAUCCUGGUUGAUGAUGAUGAAAUUUCGAAAUUUUUGAGCAUAUGUAGAAAGGCAUCCGACUUCAAAUCAAAAUCAUUGGAUUUCAAUUCGGUGAAAAAUAUCAAGGAUUUUGCAGACGAAAGUUCAGACUAUGAAUCUGACACAGACUUGACCCGUCCCAAUUUAAGAAAUGGAGUCCUUGGAGAAAACUCGCCCUCUUGUCACUCGAAUAAAAAUAACGUUCUGAAGGAUUCUAAUAGAACUUCAAAGACGAAGACGAGCAUUGAUAGGUUGCUGAAAGGUAGUGAAAGUGAUGAUGACUGUUGUAUUAUCAUCGAAUCCACCAGCGAAGAUGAGAAUCUUCAGGUACACUUUGCCUCAAAUGAAGAUACAUCCCCUUCAAAAAAAAAAGCUAAAAAGCCAGCCAGAUACUUUGAGGAACCAACAAGCAAGAAGGGAAAGUGCUACAAUUGUAACGAAGUAGGACAUUAUAUGAGUGAUUGUCCAGAAGCAAAGAAACCUAUAGCGUGUAUCAUGUGCGGAGUCCAGGGUCAUUAUUACAAGGCAUGCCCCAACCAGCUAUGCUACAACUGUGACUCCCCAGGCCACGAAAGCAAGUCCUGCACCAAGAAACGCAUACACUGGACCACGGUCUGCAAACGUUGCUAUAUGUCUGGACAUGGAAUGGCCACGUGUGCAGAUAGGUGGCGGCAGUUUCAUUUAACAACAAAAUCCAGGCCAAGAUUGCUGUUUGGUGCUGAAGAAAUUAUGAAGCAGAUGUACUGCUAUAACUGUGGCAAAGAGGGCCACUUGGGUUAUGAAUGUACGGCUGAUAGGAUGGAUCGCUACGUCAAAGUGAACUAUCCGUUUGUUUGCAACUACAGUUUCAAAUCGUUUGUAUGUACCGCUUAUAAAACGACGGACAAUGAACCUGAAGUAUCUUCUACUUGGCCAACUGAACAUGAACCUUCAGACAUUACCAAUAGUAAAGAUAAAGGAAAGAAAAAAAAGAAAAAGAAAUUAAAAUUACUUCAGACGGUGGAGAAACAACAAGAAGAAAAAGAUUUAGAAAUAGUAAUUUCAAAAUCUGGAAAAAAGAGAAAAGUUAACUGCAAGAAAGCAAAACAAGUGGAAGAAAAGAAGAGAGGAGCAGAACAGAUGGAAGAAACAGAAACAAGAGUGGAUGAAAAUAAAAAGACUAAAAAGAAAUCAAAGAAAAAGAAAAAGAUAGAAACUGAGACAAAUGCCAAAGAGGAAAAUGCUGUUGGUUCAAAAACGCCCUCUAGUGACAAAGAUAAAACCGUUGUUGAUGAUAAUGUCAUCUACCUUGAAACAGUCAGCACAAGAAAAAGGGUUGCUGAAGAGGAUAUAAUUGUCUUAAGUAGUGAGGGAGAGGGCGGCAAUGGGAAAACGGAUAUUAUCGUCAUUUCAGAUGGUAGCGCAUGUGAAGAAACGCCAAAGAAGCGUAAAAAAAGAAAGACAGAGAAGGCUGCUGUCUGCGAAGAUCAGGAUGUUAUUAUUUUGCCUGAUUUGGAAGAAAGAAAUGAUGAAAGUAGUAUAUUACAUAUAGAAGACAACGAGGAGGAGGAUAAUGCUAAUUCAAGGACACCAUUGGGACUCGUUUGGGGCUUCCCAGAUGCAGUAGUACGCAACAAUCAAAAUCAAAUACCGAAGAAAAUAAAGAAAAUAUUUAGCGAAAAUAUGAGAAAACAUAACCAAACUCCCACUAAUAAGGAAGAAAAAAGGAGACGAUAUAGAUUAAAACAGCGUAAUCGCAUGUCUGAUGCCGUUUCUACUGCUGAUAUAUCCAUUGCUUCGAAAAAAUUUCAAAAACGUCGGAAAAGAGAAAAGAAGAAGAAAAUGCAAAUAACUGAACCAAAAUUAAGCAAAAACAAGCAAGGAAAGAAGAAGAAAGGUGUGAUGCAAGUGCCUCUGAACAUACCAAAGGUCAAAGUUGAAUUCAGUAAUCAUCAACCAGGUACCUCAAGUAGAUUUGUGAUAAGUGCGGAUAGAAGACGACACAAGUGGCUUAAGAAGAAGGAUGUAAACCUUAGCCAAACCACCUGAGGAGAGAUGAAUAAUGCCAUUGACCUCUUGAUAGUCAAAAACAAAACAACUGUUUCUAUUUAGAAGUUAUUGUUGUUAUUAUAAACAAUGUGGAUGUAUUUACUCGUUGAUAGAAACAGUAAAUUUAAAUUAAUUAAAUUAAGCUUAAAUUUUGUUAUUGUAAUUUCUAUUUUCUUUGUGAAAACAAUGUUAAAGUAAAAAGGAAUUACAUGAUUGAUUUGUA